AUGCCAAACAAUCUUAGAUAUCAGAUUACUUCAAUCAAAUUGGAUUCAGGUACAACAAUGUUAAGUGCAGCUAAAUGUCCUAUUCUUGUGAUUUUCUUAUGUAGAAAAUAAGAAGGACCUAAUAAAUAUAUUGAAAUUAAAAUAAAAAAGAUAGUUUUGGGAAAGCUUUAGAAUUUGAAUUAACUAAAUAAUUAAAAAAAAAGAUAUUUAAAAAAGUUUCUCAUUUUUGAAUAAGAUCUUUUACUAGUUAAUGAAGAUAAAGGAUAACUCUUUAUUAAUGAAUUAGUAAAACCACUAAAAAGUAAUGGAUAGAAUUAAAUAAUGAGUUAAAAGUAUGCAAUCCAAUUAUAAGGAUUCUCUUAUUUAGAAAUAAUAACUUUUCUUUGA